AUGACUUCUGGUACCAGCUUCAUCAAAACUACCAAGACGGUCGAAGCCGUCACCCCCCGCAGCUCCACACGCUGCACUUUGGACCCCUCGCGAGACGUGUUGAAGGUAGUAUACGAUGUUUAUGAACCGAGAGAUAAAGGAGAUGAUACUACAACUUCAGUUGUGAACUACGUGUUUCUGCACGGAAGCGGGAUGAACAGGAGGAUUUGGUGCUACUACUUGGACAAACUGGCGGACCCAGUUCGGAAUUGGAAAAUAGGCAAGGUUAUCCUUGUCGAUCAAGUGACCCACGGCGAUUCAGCAGUGGUAAAUGAGCGUUUGUUGGGUUCGUUUUACGACUGGAGUGAUGGUGCUAGAGACAUUUGUAAAAUCUGCAUGGACGAGUUUUUCCAGCAAAACGGGAGGAGCGUAUUUAAUAUUGUUGUUGGCCACUCGAUGGGUGGAUUCCAGGCAUUAUGUUGUCCCAUACUGUUUCCUGGGUUGUUCCAAUCUGUGGUGUGCAUCGAGCCAGUCGUUUGGAUGAAAAGGGUUCGCAAAGAAAGUGACGAGGACAUAACAAUAAUACCCCCCACAUUUUAUCACGCAAUGCAUGCCACUAUGACGGAUGAGUUCUCUAGCAUCCAGCAGUACAAAAAGUUCAUGGAGACUCAAAGUCUCUAUAGCAAAGCACAUCCUUCCAUCCUACAAGAAGUGGAGGGUUUUGAACUUCGGAAAAUAUCAAGCGAAUUAUUUAGGACAAAGAUCAGCACUGAGCAACACAUGGUUGCCUACCUCACUUUGAACCCGACCGCAACAUGGCUUAUGAAGUGUUUGAGCUCCAUAAACUGUCCCGUCUUAUGUCUCUAUGGUGAAAAAUCCCGAUGGUGUCCACCAGAAAACCGUAUUUAUCUGCGCGAACACAUUCCACAUUAUUGUGAAGACGAAAUCAUAGGUGGAAGACAUCUGGUAAACCUGGAAGAUCCAGAUAGCGUAAUUGCAAAGUUAACAAGUUACAUCAAGGAGCUGCUCCCUGAUGACGAUGGCGAGGCUUCACAAGCACUUGAUGAAAACGCCAGAAAAGCUAGGUUUUCCGAACAAUAUAGGGAAUUGAUCAGUAAUAGGGUAUGGCAAGGAACGCCAAAGCUUUGA